ACUGCUAGUGGUGUUCCUGAAGUUACAGUGAUUGUCUGCACUGGUAAUCAACCUGGGUCUUCUUUGCAGUGUUCUUUUAAUGGAGGACAGCUUCACUCGUGCAAUGUACCUAUGGUACUGAGUAUAAUUGUCAGUCCUCCUGGUAAUCAUUCUGUGAGGAUUGUAAGCAGCACUGGAGAAGGAAGUAUUGUAUCAUAUAGCAUCACUACUGCUGAUCCAGUUACUGCAUUCUUACCACCCUUGGAGGUCAUUCUAAGCGGUGGUUCACCUCUUGUGACUGAGAGCUCCGUGGAGGCAGUGUUUGUAACCACCAGACCAGUGACUGGUGUGAGGUGCUUCCUCAGAUAUGAGAACCACAAUGACUACAAAGACUGUUCUUCUGGCAGAGUGUCCUUUACGGAUCUGAGCCCUGGAGAGUAUGUUCUGAAGAUCUAUGCCUAUAAUCAACAAAGUGACAGUGCCACUGCUAAGAUAGUGGUCACAAUCUAACUGGAGGAUAUUAUAGUGAACCUAGACUAGUGUAGUGAACCUAGACUAUAGUGGAAACUGUAGGCUUGUAGCUAAAACUCUUUCUAACGUAAAUGUGUGUUUAUAACUGCCGGCUGAAGUGGC